GCGCUAUCAUUUCCAAGAAGAGGAAGAAUGCUCACAUGAACUGAGGAGAAGUCUUGUGAUCUUGGGCAUCAUAUUAUCAUGAAACUUUAAAACUUCUUCAAAAUGGCAGACGAAGAAGUCAAGCUAACUGUGCACUCGAAGCCUAAACUUGAAAUUGAAAAAGUUCGUGAUACUCGUCCAUCGGUAUGGCUGUCUAUAUUCAAAUGGCUGUUUGCAAUCUUGUUGGCGGUGAUGGUACUUUCUUGCGUAGUUGCAAGCAAAAUAUCUCUUAUAUCAAUCGGUAUUUUUUACAAUACUACACAUAGUCCAUGCGCUCAUGUGCCGUUAAUCAGUUAUGCUCAAGAAACCACAUUUAUUAUGAUGGUACUAGUGUUAAUGAUCCCACAGUUCGUCUCUUUUGUGAGGUCUAGUUGGAGUGGGUUAUUUAGUGAGUUCCAUCCGUGGCCAUCUAACUCAGCUAUUAUAUGGACUGUGUUGGCUGCUUUUCUUGAAGUCAGUGGACUUUCGUUUUUUGUUGUUGUUAUUAUCCUUAAAACAACGGUGACAGCAGCUCAUUGUGUUAUCGUUAUGAACAGUGUAUUCCUGUUUCCCAUCAUCUGGCAACUCUACAGGACUAGACAAAGAGGCAGGACCAGAUCAUUUGUAUUUCUUAUUAUUCCCCUUAUUCUUGAGCUUAUUGGCAUYAUAGUACUCUCUUAUCAUGUAAUCAACAAAGAGGAUAUUCAAAAGUUUAUUUGGAUGCCAUUUUCUCUUCUUCUUGUGUCUAUGGCAUGGAGCAGCAAAAUUCAACAGCUUCAGAUAGAACCAAGAAAUAGUGAAAGAGAUCAUAUAUCAAGAGAAGAUWCUCUUGCAGAAAGCAUGCCUUCAGUAGCUGGAGCUGACAACCACACUGAUGAGAAUGAAAUCACAUACAGAGAAACAGCUCGUUGUAAAUCUACCAUCAUUUCAGGCCUUGUCAAACUGUUUCUGACACCUUUUGUAGCUGCACUGUUUUGCCAUUUAUUUGAUGUUGCUGAUCUAACAAAACUCUAUGAUGGUUUUAGAGAGUUUAGUGACAAGCAUCCAGCAUUUCCGUAUUUCAUGACACAGAUUUUCACAAGCUUUUUAGGCAGUAUUUUAGGUUGGCUUGCAUGUGCAAUGUGUAUGCAAAGACURGCAUUUUUUGUUCCAUUGAUGCUAGCCACYCCAUUAUCAAUGUUUUUGAUCUACAUCAAGCAUAUAUGCUGUAGCAGUGCAGUACCUUUCCAGUGUGGUGAUCUUGGAGAUCAUUAYYUGAUACCAUUGGCUGCUUGCCUGUGGCUGGCUCAGGUCCUCUCUACUGGAGUCUAUGUAUGGAAAGAACAAACAUUUAUCAUGGCUAAGGAGUCGUCUUUGUUCUGGCUUCCAGUCUACAAUGGUGCAUUCUUAGAGCAAAAUUUGCUUUUAAACCGCAAAAAUAAAAUAACAGAUGAAUGUCAACUGAACCAGCGAGAGAUUGCCAAGAAGUCUUGUGUAUAUAUAUGUACAACAAUGUACCAUGAGAAUGAGACUGAGAUGGAACAGCUGCUGCAUUCCCUUCAUGAUGUUGACACAGCAAGACAGGGAUCAAAACGUCAAUUUGAGUCACACAUUUUCUUUGAUGGAGCGGUCAAAGGUGAUGUGCUGAAUGACUUUGUGCUGCAAUUGAUUAGUCUGGUGCCAAAGACACUCAAAGUAAAGAUAGAUAGUUGCAUGAAGAUCAAGACACCAUAUGGAAUACAGUUGAGGUGGAGACUCCCUGGUGGUAUGCCUUUCCAUAUUCACUUAAAGGAUAAUUUGAAGGUUAAAAAUAAAAAACGCUGGAGUCAAGCAAUGUACAUGUCAUAUGUCUUGGACUAUAAGGAGGCUACCAUGGAAACAAAUGAUGACAACACCUAUAUCCUAGCAACUGAUGCUGAUGUCAGAUUCACCCAUGAGUCAGUGCAGGCACUGUUAGAUUUGAUGAUGAGGGAUCAGAAAGUGGGUGCGGUUUGUGGUCGUACCCAUCCACUGGGAUCUGGUCCUGUUGUAUGGUACCAAGUUUUUGACUAUGCAAUUGGUCACUGGUUUCAGAAGGUCGCUAACCAUGUUCUUGGAUCAGUCCUCUGUUCACCUGGCUGUUUUAGUGUCUAUCGUGCAAGAGCUGUACGAGAAGUACUGCCUAUCUAUGCAUCACGUGUGAAUACUUCCAUUGACUUCCUCACAAAGGAUAUGGGUGAAGAUCGGUGGUUUUGUACAUUAAUGGUUCAGUCAGGUUGGCGUCUUGAGUACUGUGCUGCCGCAGAAGACAGUACUUUCUGUCCAGACAAUUUUGAAGAGUUUUUCAACCAAAGACGUCGAUGGAUCCCAUCAACCCUUGUGAACCUCAUCCAGUUAAUCAGUCAAUGGAAAGUCACUGUUGAAAAUAAUGAUAAAAUUUCAUUGUUCUUCAUUUUUUACCAAGCAUUGUUGGUCAUUUCUACUCUUAUAUCGCCAGCUACUGUCAUCCUCAUYGUGACUGAGGGGUUGAAAAAAUCUGAGUUCCCUGGAGCUGAGAAUGAUGUGGUUGUAUUGAUCCUACUUUGUGUUAUGACUUUUGGCUUUGCRUUYAUUUGUCUUUAUACCAAGCAGUCAUUUCAGCUCAAAGUUGCCAAGAUUCUCACCAUUGUCUUCGCUUUGAUAAUGGCUGCUGUGACUGUUGGUAUGGCAGCACAAAUCGGGAGUGAUCUUAAUAAAAGAAGUGACUGUGAUAGUUUGAAACAUGGUUCAAAUCAUGGCAGCAACAGCUCUACAACUAUAGCACCAACAACAUUACCUAUGGAAUGCACUGAUGGUCUUCCUGCUGAYAUUAGUACUCUUUACUUUGCUGGUGUCGUUGGGAUUUUUGUGGUUGCAGCUUUGAUGCAUCCAACUGAGGGUUACUGUCUUGUUCAUGGGGUGUGGUACCUUUGUUGUUUACCAUCAGGAUAUCUUCUAUUGAUAAUAUAYUCACUAGCUAACAUUACAGAUCGUUCUUGGGGAACUCGUGAGACCAAAGAAAGAAAAAUUGGUGACGAUGCACCUUGGUACCAGGUACUUUGGGACAAACUCAGGUCUGUUUGUAUUUGCUGUCGUCCAGAAGAAAARCCCACUCCUGCUCAGCCAGAAAACAAAGUUCCAGAACAACCAGAAGAGGAGGUGUCUGAUAGCGUMUUUUCUGAUGAUGACCCAUCUAGUGAAGAAAGUAGAACGAGUCCACCUAUUGAAACCAACGAUAAUGCCCAAAAUGAAGGAGCAUCGACUUCUAUUCAACCGACAGUUCCACUACCUGACCCUCCAAAGUCAGCAUUGAAAUCCAAAUUGCGCAGAGGACAAAGUGCAGAAGAGUAUUUGGAAGAGAAACCCAAAUGGCGCUUYCCAGGAGAGAAGAAAACUGUCCGSUUUGACACCAAGCUUCCAAAGCUAUAUGCCGAAUUGCCUGUAGAGGAUUGGCUCCCUGCAGAACUAAGGUCUCUGUAUACCAGACUUUUUAUCGACAACGGUUAUGACAACGUUAGCUUUAUUGUUGGCAUGAACAACAAGGAUCUACGUUCCAUUGGCAUUAGUAAAAGAGGUCAUCGAAUGCAGCUCGUCUAUCUGAUUGAGAGAAUCCCCCAUACUCCUCUUAAUACAGACGUACCAGAAAAUGUAGAAGAGUGGCUUCAUGACUUGGGACUGGAGAGUUACUGGAUUUACUUCAAGAACAGUGGUUACACAGAACCGCGGUUCCUAGAGGACUUGAAGGCCAUGGAUCACGAAACUCUGAAGAAAACACUAAAAGAAGAUCUUAAUAUCUGUAAAGCUGGUCAUGUAAAUAAGAUGAUUAAAGCGAUCAAGAACUUACAGUACCCUACCCCAGCUCAGAGAGAGAUUCGCCGUACGCGUGAGUUGGUUAAUAAAGUAAAUUUAUCAAACAUCGAGACUGUCAAUCAAGAUGAGGGUAAGGAGUAUCAGUUUUGGAAAAGCCUACGCACAGCGUGCCUUCUACCAGAGUCUGCAAUCUUUGGUGCCGUGACAGAACUCAAGGAAAAACUAGAGGACUUGCGUGACCAAUUCUUAACAGUGUUUGCAGUUGCUAACGUUAUGUGGAUUAUCAUUAUUGUCACGCUUAAUAAGCAGGCGGAUCUCAAAUUCAAAGGGACCAAUGCAGUCGGCUUUGCUUUUCUUGUGGUUUAUGGGAUGGUGAUUGUCAUCAUGUUUCUUACCAUGAUUUGGCAUCGUAUAUCAACCGUUUGUCAUCUACUAGCUCGUGCUCCAUGGCGACGCGGUCCUUAUCAACUAUCAUGGGCUUUCAAAGACGAGAACCUUCCACCGGAACCAACACAAGCCGAGCUUGACAAAAUUCGAGAGAAGAAGAAUAAACGAAUGAGAAGGAAAACAGCUCGUCGACGAUCUGGCAGCAGUGGUGGGGUUUAUGCUCCUCUUAUCUCUGAAGACGGUCUGUCUGACUACAGCAGCACUGCCAGCGCAACGCCACAAAUUCUUGCUAAUGGUCCAAAUACUGCNCCGACCUGCUAAUGGACACGAAGAAGACAUCAAGAAAAUAUUACAUGUAUCACAAUAUUACAUGUAUCGCAUCGGUUACGUCUUUCAUCGUGAAGAAAGGAAAAAUUAAAUGACAUGUCUAGAGAUUUGUGACAAUAAAAUCCAAUCAUAACCAAAGUAACAUUUAAAAUUUUAUUGACUUCUUGAGUACAUAGUAAUGAAUGUAAAUAAGCAGUCUGACAGUAAGCAUUGUUUUUAAAAUGUAUAAUACGACUAAUAUAUCAGUAAAGUAUAUUUUUAAUUAAAAUGAGUUUUAACCAACCGUCAGUGCAGUGAU